AUGACCGACACUACUGAGCAGCAGCAGACCAAGCUCGUCGAUGAUUCUUCCAUCUCUCCUGUUGAACGAAGAAACUCACUGGAAGCCCACCUCAAGCACCGCCCCGAGCGCGCCGAGCUCGUCGAGAAAAACAUCCUACCAGCUUCUACCGCAGCGCCAGGCCUCCUAGCGCACCAGAAGGAGCUCGAGAAGCACAUGCUCGAGGACAAGCUCAACGACAAGAUCUCGCACCGCCCAGACCCUGAAGCUCUCAUCAAGGAGGGUGUUCUUCGCGACGACCCGCGCAGCGUGGCUCAGGACGAAGCUGCCAAGAAAUACGACGAGGCUAUCGAGGACGAGUAUGCCAAGCGUGAGGGUGGCGCCUGA